ACGAAUUAAAGAACUUAUAAAAGAAGCUCCCACAAUAUCAUUUUCCCUUAAAACAAAAGAAAAAGGAAAUGCGGCUCCUGCUGAUGUCAUCCACCAGAGCAUCCAGAUCUUGCAGCAGAAAGAAGCUUCCUUUAUCUCACUAGACUCUCUCUCUCUCUAUGUCUCUCGCAGGAGAGGAGAAUUGGAGAACUCUGCAGACCAACAAAAACCCAGAGAUGAAUUGGGUGAAAGAAAGAAACACAAGAUCAAAAACCCAGACAGAAAAACCAUGAGAGCUCUUCAUCAUAUGAACCACUUUUUCAUUCUCCUUUCAUUGCUCGUGUCCUUCACAGUAGUCCCACCACACCCCACCACAGCCUCUCCAACCCCCACAACACUUCAAGAUUUCACUGGUCAACAACAAAACAAUCCCAGAAGAAUUCUCCACCAACCUCUCUUUCCAGACAGCACCGCACCACCUACGGCCGCCGAUCCACCACCACCACCCCCCCCACCGGCCGCGCCCGAAUUCCCCAACCCCGACGAGCCAUUCUUCCCCGAGUUACCCAACGGGUCAGACCCGGCUCCAACCCAACAGCCGCCGUCGCCGCCACCGCCCGCCGCCAAUGCCUCGGCAAGCUCAAUUGCCGCACAACCCACAAAGCCCACCAAGAAAGUUGCCAUUGCGAUAUCAGUUGGGAUCGUCACGCUUGGGAUGGUGUCGGCAUUGGCAUUCUUCGUAUACAAGCACAAAGCGAAAACCCACGAUGAAUCGCGAAAGCUUGUGGGAGACAAUUCGCAGAGGGUUGAAGAUUCAUCAACCCCGCCGCCGUCGACUUUUCUCUACAUCGGGACGGUUGAGCCGUCGAACCGGACGGCGUUGAGUGAGGAGAAAGACGGAGAAAACGUGUCGUCGCCGUACAGGAAGUUGAGGUCAGUGAAGAGAUCAUCGGAUUGGUAUAGGCCGAGUCCUGACCUCCAGCCACUUCCGCCGUUGCCAAAACAGCCUCCUCUUCUCCCGACGUUGCACUCUCCUCCUCCGAUGUCGUCAUCAUCAUCGGAUGAGGAGAGUCAGGAGGAGACGGUGUUUUACACGCCGCAUGGCUCCUCCGUCUCCGUCGUGAGCAACGACGAAGGGUCUUUCACGUCCGGUUCACGGUGGAGCUAUAAGAGCAACAACACUAAUACUAAUUGUGUUGUUCCUCACUCUAAGAGAACUUCACCCAAGUCGAGGCUUUUUCAAUCGUCCUCGCCGCAGCCUACCCCUCCGCCACCGCUGCCACCAGCGCGGCCUGCUCAGCCAUUGACCCAAAUCACGUACGGUACACCAACUUCAUUUUCUCCCAAAAGACCGAAAUUCGCUCCGCCGCCACCGCCACCUAACAUGGCACGUCUCCAGGCGAUCACAACCCAAUCUGGGCAAACUUCUAAAAUCCCACCACCGCCUCCGCCUCCACCGCCACCGCCGCCUCGGAUUCCACUCUCUACGCAGCGGAAAGUAGGAGGGUCGGAAACAGGUGUACCCUUGGUACAUCUGCAAGAAUUGAGAAAGUCAUUAUCGAGGAUUCAAAACUCGAAAGAGAAUUAUGGCGUUGAGAAAACAAGACCUGUUGAAGAAGUUGGUAAGAGUGAAGGUGCCGGUUCUUUGGAGAGAGGUGAUGGUGAUGAUGCUGAUGCUGAGGGAUCGAGACCCAAGUUGAAGCCUCUGCAUUGGGACAAAGUCCGGGCCACCUCCGGCCGAGCAACGGUGUGGGACCAGCUGAAGUCGAGCUCCUUUCAAUUGAAUGAGGACAUGAUGGAGAGUCUUUUUGGAUGUAAUUCGGUGAAUUCAGCUCCGAAAGAGUUGACUAGAAGAUCAGUAUUCCCUCCUGUUGAGCAUGAAAACAGAGUGUUAGACCCAAAGAAGUCGCAGAACAUUGCUAUUCUAUUGCGAGCACUGAAUGUGACGAGAGAUGAGGUGUCUGAAGCACUUCUAGACGGCACUCCAGAAGGCUUGGGAGCUGAGCUUUUGGAAACAUUGGUGAAGAUGGCUCCAACCAAAGAAGAAGAGAUAAAACUGAGAGAAUACAAAGGUGACAUCACAAAAUUAGGGUCUGCAGAGAAAUUUCUAAAGACAAUACUUGACAUACCAUUUGCCUUUAAAAGAGUUGAAGCCAUGCUAUACAGAGCAAACUUUGAUACAGAAAUCAAGUACUUGAGGAAGACCUUUCAAACACUAGAGGAAGCAUGUGCGGAAUUGAAGAGCAGUAGGCUAUUCCUAAAACUCCUGGAAGCAGUUCUCAGGACAGGAAACAGAAUGAAUGUUGGCACCAACCGUGGUGAUGCUAAAGCCUUCAAGCUCGAAACACUUUUAAAACUAGCAGAUAUUAAGGGGACAGAUGGGAAAACGACUUUACUCCACUUUGUGGUCCAGGAGAUUAUCAGAUCAGAAGGUGGAGGUUCUGAUCCUACAACUGAAGACCUCCCAAAUAAAAUCAAUUCCAAAACGAAGGAGGACGAUUUUAAGAAGCAAGGAUUGCAAGUUGUUUCUGGUUUAAGCAGGGAACUGGGAAAUGUCAAAAAAGCAGCAGGGAUGGAUUCAGCGGUUUUGAGCAGCUACUUGUCGAAGCUUGAAAAUGGGCUUGAAAAAGUAAGAGUGGUUUUGCAAUAUGAGAAGCCAAAUAUGCAAGGGAAAUUCUUCCAAUCGAUGAAAACGUUUCUUAAAGAGGCUGAUGAGGGAAUUACAAGGAUAAAGGCAGAGGAAAAAAAGACCUUAUCCUUAGUGAAAGAGGUCACUGAGUAUUUCCAUGGCAAUACUGCUAAAGAAGAGGCCCAUCCUCUUAGGAUCUUUAUGAUUGUGAGAGACUUUCUCUCCAUAUUGGAUAAUGUGUGCAAGGAAGUAGGGAGGCUGCAGGAUCAUACAGUAGUCGGGGCCAGUAGGUCCUUUCGGAUACCUGCAAAUGCAUCAUUGCCUGUCCUAAACAGACACAAUGUGAGACGCUAUAGCAGUUCGGAUGAGGAAAGCUCGUCUCCAUGAGAAUAAGCCAAUAUGAAGAGCUCAAAUUUCUCGCGUGGAUAGUCGUGUUGCUAGAGAUAUACUCCGUAUUCCCACAGUUUCAGAAGGAUUUUCGUUGAUGCAGUCUCAUGGCUAGUUUACAUUCUUUUAUUUAUAGCUUAAUCAAAGGAGUAGGGUUGUAAGGAAGUGCAAAUAGCUAAAAGAGGAGCCUCACAUUGUCACCAAACAAGGAUAAGCAUCCUUAGAAAAGUCUGGCUUCCAAUGAAGAAAAGGAUGAAGGGACAGAAUAGAACUAAGGGCUUCGUGUCGAAUAGAAACACAAAUGAGAACAAUUCUCUGCAUAGUUCCAUCCAACCGCGUGAAAGAGACUCAAAUGUAGUCGAGCUUCAACACAAAGCAAGCCAGCAUGGAUCGCCAAUCAGGAAAAAUACAACUUCGGUUUUUGCACUCUGACAGAAAUUACCACAGAUAAAACAGUAUGUUUUGUUUCAAAUACAUUUUCAGGAGAAUAUAUUGUUCCGAUGCCGUAUAAGGCUAUAGCUUUCCUUUCUGUUCAUAUUGACAUUGAUUAUCAGCAAAUCUCUUUACUCUCGGUAUUAUAGAAUUUGUUUUUUCAUGCUUCAAA